GCCCUUCUGUCGUCAUCAAGACGCGUGGCUGCGGGCCGCGUUCGUAAAGAAGCAGGAAAGCUGCUAUGGCGAGUCCUGCUGCCACUUCUGUGAGACCGCCCAGGCCCAAGAAAGAGCCACAAACGCUCGUCAUUCCCAAGAAUGCGGCCGAGGAGCAGAAGCUCAAGCUGGAGCGGCUCAUGAAGAAUCCGGACAAAGCAGUUCCAAUUCCAGAGAAAAUGAAUGAAUGGGCACCUCGACCUCCUCCAGAAUUUGUCCGAGAUGUCAUGGGUUCCAGUGCCGGGGCUGGCAGUGGAGAGUUCCACGUGUAUAGGCAUCUACGGCGGAGAGAGUACCAGCGGCAGGACUACAUGGAUGCCAUGGCUGAAAAGCAAAAACUGGAUGCAGAGUUUCAGAAGAGACUAGAAAAGAAUAAAAUUGCUGCAGAGGAGCAGACUGCGAAGCGCCGGAAAAAGCGCCAGAAGUUAAAAGAGAAGAAGUUACUGGCAAAGAAGAUGAAACUUGAACAGAAGAAACAGAAGGAAGAACCCAGUCAUUGCCAGGAACAGCAUGCCAGCAGCUCUGAGGAGGCAUCUGGAACAGAGGAGGAGGAAGAGGAGCCCAGCGCCAUCAUCAUGGGUCGAUGAGGAGUUCAGCAGUCGUGAGCCCAGCUCAUUCUGUGACGAGCCUCAGCAAAGAAAAGGCUGUGUGGGACCAGCUCGACUGGCUGUGCUGGGAGGAGGAGGAGCCUCCUGCAGCCCUACCUGCAGAGGGAGCAUCCCUUAGACAGAUUGCAUACUGUAUCCUGCCCUGCUCUUGCUGAAGGGGAGUGAGUGCCUCACCAUCCCCUGGUGCCUGUUCCCUUCUGCUUGAGCCACAGUGAGCUCUGGGCUGGUUUCUGUGGAGGGAAUAUUUAUUUAGUAAACAGCAGAAAACCUGUGGGUUUUGUGCACAUGUGCAAGACUUUGACUACCGAAGCCUCGGCAAAGCCAUGGAAUGACAGAGACUGGACUGGGCCUAGAGAUGGGCAGGUCCUCUUCUGCAGGCCUUCUAGGCCUACUACCCAGGCACGUGGACUUUGCUCUGGGAACGGCUUACACUUCAGGUGCACAGCCCUGUCCAUUUACAGAGCAGUAGAUUGAGAGCUGAAGAUCUGUGCUCACCCAGCAGCUCUCAAACCAAGUAUGAGCUGAGCCAGCGGGGCCUUCAGUAGGGGCAGAAGGAGACAGGAUCUAGGAAAACAACAAGUGAUGAAAGAGGCAGAGAGUCCCAGAUCACUGGGAGAUGGAGACACAUACUGGCCAAAGCCUUCCUCCAUCCUUAGACGGGGGAGGCCUAAGCCGAGUGGGACUGGAGAGGGUGCGACUCUUAGACGUGGAAAGCCCUCCUGUCGGGAUUUGGAGGCAGCCAUUCUUUCCACUGAGUGUCCUUGAGUGACUGGUUCAAGCCUGCUCUGUGUACUGGCCCAGUGUGCUAGCAACACUCGCAGAGUAUGGAGGACCAGGCACCAUGCCAGGGAGAAGAGAGGUGACCCAGGACUGCCUUGGUCCUCAGAGCCAUCAGGCCAGUGGGGCGGCAAGCAGUUUCUAGUUUGGGGGUCUGGAGUGUCUCCAGCUUCCGAGUGUGUUGUGUGCCUUUUAUGGAUGUUGGUAGCAUUUUGAGUGAAGGGAAAGCUAAGAAUGAAUAUCUCCUACUUUUUAA